AUGUUCGGGGAAGGCAAUCGCAAGGAAGUCACAGCGUUCGCAGCAGAGCGAGGAGCCGAAUUCGUUUUUAUACCCCCGCGCGCACCUCAUUUUGGCUUACUGUGGGAGGCAGCCGUCAAGAGCGCCAAACACCUAAUGCUUCGCACAAUAGCCGACACCGCCCUAACGUUCGAGGAGCUCUCCACCGUACUCGUCGGCGUGGAGGCAAUUUUGAACUCUCGUCCAAUCGCGGGAUCAGACGAUCCCAACGACGGCGAGGCCAUAACGCCCGCACAUUUAUUAAUAGGCGAUUCCCUAAUGGCCGUCCCCGAGCCAACAACUGGACAUAUUUAG